CUCUCAUUGGGAACUGUCAUUAUCUUCUCAUCAGUCCACACCUCCUGCGGCCAUUCUGUUUCUAGACUCACCCUCGCGCAUGCUCGAUCUGCUUGCUCGGCUCCACGACGAUCCUCUGCAGCAGGACAAUGCUCUGACGCGCGACGAUUUCUGAAACGCCACUAUAGACGAGCGAUAAGUCUGAAUUUAUCCACUAACUAUACUACACCAGCGAUACUUUCAGAGGCUCCUUCCUUAUGUCUUCAUCGUCGAGAUUCAUUGGAGUUUAGUCUGCGAGGGGCUUAUUCACUCAGAAACAUAUGAACAGAGGGGCAACGUUCCCGACUAAUCCGUCCAGAGAGUCUAAAAUUAAGAGAUUGAGGUAUGCCCUUUCCCAGACGACGUCUCCGUGAAUCGCAGGCUUCAGCUCAGCCUAGCUUCAACGUUGAUUUCUCUCGGAUUCGCUUUCCAAACCUUUCCAAGACCAACGGGAUCGGGAUGCAGGCCAGGGCAAUAAAGCCCAAGAGUGAGUUGCCCCAGCCCAAAGUCAGGGAUUUGUACAUCGGAGACCCAGCGAGAGGGAGGACGGCGCCCACAAGUGAUCGAGUAGCGGUAAGGGUCGCUACAGCGGAUGCAGCGUAUGUGGGGUAACAGUCGAUCAGAUAAGUUUGAAUGGGUAAAAAGAUACCAAUCAUUCCGAAGCCGAAAGGGGCCAGUCCGAUGAUGGGCACGAUCCAUUGUACCUUCUUGUCCGCCGCCCAGCCGUACCAGAAGAAGCUGAUUGGAAUAAAACAGGCGAAGAAGAUCAUCAGCGGCAUUCGCAUUUCCGGCUGGAAUUCGCCCCCAUUGCGUUCCAUCAACCUCACGACCAUGCGAUCUGAGCUUAAAGCGACUAUAGCCGCCCCAAUGAAGAAACCGAUGCCGAGUCCGAGGUAAGCCAGACCGGUCAUUUGAGGAGACCACUUAUACUGGCCUUCGAAGACCUCUGUGAUCGUGGUGAAGAGCAGAUACAUCAGACCGUAGGCAAUCGACAUGUACAGAGACAAGACGAAGACGAUCGGAGACUUGACGAGCAUUUGCAAGGGCCGGAGCAUCCCUAUGCGGAGAGCAUGCUGAGGGCUGACGGGACCGGUCUCUCGGUCAUACCAGCUGAUCAGGUCGUUACGGCCGAGCUCUUUGGCUAGUCGCUGUGUCUUCCAGCGGAUCAAGACUCGGGCAUAUGUCUCUUUGUUGAGUAGCUCGAUGCCGACCGUGGCCACGCCACCGGCGAUUAACAAAACCCAGAAGACCCAUCGCCACCCGGCUUGUUGGGCGAUGAAGCCGCCACAGAUCGGCCCUACCACUGGACCAAAGAGCGGACCGGCGCUCCAAAUGGACGUUGCCAUACCGCGUUGGGCGACCGGAAACAUAUCAGCGAUAAGACCUGCGCCCACAGUCAGGCACCCCGAUCCGCCAAUGCCGGCCAUGAACCGAGAGAAGACCAGGAGACCGAUGUUGGGGGCACGAGCGCAACCGAUCUGCCAGGCGACGAAGAAGAUAUUCGUGCAGGUUAGCACGAUCCGUCGCCCGCAUAUCUCACUCAUGGGUGCGAGCACCAAGGGGCCGAACUAGGGUUCAGGUCAGCAAAGACCGUCCGUAAGAGUGUGGUGCACACACUGGGUUUCCCAUUGAUCUGCCAGACUCCCAAGAUGGUGAACUUACCGCGUAUCCAAGAACAUAAACACUCACGCUGAAUGCAAGGAGGGUCUGCUGUUUUACAUCAAACUCUCUCGCCAUAAAUCCGGCUGCGGGAGCGAACAUGCUUGACGCCAAGGGAGAAACAAAAGACAUUGCGGACGUCAAGAGCAGCAGCAACAUUUUUCGCCGCCAUGCGAAAUUCAGCGGAUUCUCGGGGUCGUCUGGCCCUUCCCACCCAACAAUACCAUGAUCGAGAUCUAUUCUCUCCAAUACUGGAAUCUCUUCUCGGAGCUCGUGCGUCUCAUAGUCACGGUUUGCGUCGAACUGCAGAGGCUGAAUGGCAGGAUCGCUGCGGCGGCUUUCAUUCGACGAAUCGGACCUGCCUGGCUUUUCGGAGCCCUUUUCUGCGUCAAUGCUCGGAUCGGAACGAGACGAAUCUCGGGUAUUUUUUUCAUUGUUGGCUAAGGGGUCUGCCAUAGCGAAGACGAGCUUUGACGAGCCGGAGUCGCUAAUAGAAGUAGCGAAAACACUUGGAAGAGGUCAUUGACUCCAUAUGUAGCAUGAAAGGAGGCGCAGGAGGGAAAGAGCAUCGAGGAGUAGCUUCGAUUCUUCCUUUCAAGAGAAGAGACCGGCAUCUCGUGCUUGCAGGUACUCAUACUCCGUACUUACUUCUGAUGUGCACAACCCGAGAU